GUUGUCAAGCAUUGUCUGCGGCACGGCUUGGGUGUAUAUAAGGUUGGAAAUGUUGGAGAAGCUUCACUGAUUCCAGGGACAGUCUAAGAGAAACAUGGCCAAGUUAUUUUUUGUGUUUGCUUUGACUGGGUUGGCAGCUGCUGCACCAUCAGCAGUAAGAGUGGCAACUCCCCUGGAUCAGGAGACUGUCAUUAAUAACAUCAUGAAGAAUCUCCAGCCUGCCAUUGAUCAAGCUAUUGCUCAAGCACUUGGAGAUGAUGCAUCUAUCAACGUUGUUGCCUCUCAGGAAGUUGUUGGACCUGUUGACUUUACUGGAACAGUUGGAAACACCGACUACUCUGGCUCCUAUGGAUCUUCUAUCUCAAGCUUCUCCUCCUCUCAACAGUCCAGCAAUCAUCAGCAAGAAAGCACUGCAAACCAGCUUUCUUCUGGUUAUGAACUAAACUCUUCUUAUGGAGUUGGUAGUUCUUAUGGAGCUAGUGGUCUUUAUGGAGUUUCUGGAGCAACCUUCCAGUCUAACACAAAUGAAGAAUCCAACCAGAACUUGUUCACUGAGUCCAAUGAACAACAGGGAUUUAACCAGGGAACUGCUCAGGUUGAUCAAUCUUCAACUUUCCAAACAAAUGCUGAUGCUGUUCAAUCACAGGUUGGAGCUGUGCAUUCCCAAGUUGCUGCUGUUCAAUCUCAGGUCGCAGCUGUGCAAUCCCAGGCUAAAAAGGCUAUUCAAACUUCAACCAUUUCUUCCUCUCAGCAGGUUACUCUUGUUCAAAAUGUAAUGAACGCUUUGGUGCCUAGUAUUGAAGCUGCAGUUCAGUCUGCUCUACUAAGUAAUCAACAGCAGCAAGCCAAUUCUAUCUCAACUGCAAGCCAGCAGACCCUUGUUUCAAAUGUUCAGCAAACUUCCACCUCUACAGCUUCCACCUCUGAGGAGAGCACCAUUGUUUUUAAGAUUAUUGAGGUCCUUACUCCUUCUAUUACUGUAUCUGUAAGGAAGGCUCUUGCAGCUCGUGCUGCUGCUGCUGCUGCUGCUGCUCAGCAACAAGCUGCUCAAUUCCAAGCUUCUCAGGUCAACUCUCAGUCUCAGACAUCUUCUUCAUCCUUGGACUCCAGCAAACUUGUUGCUCAGAUUGUUGCUGCUCUAAGGCCCUCAAUUUCUCUUUCUGUUCAACAGGCUCUUGAAGCCUCAAGGGUAUCUUCUUCCAGUACACAGCAGUCCUUCAACCAGGCUUCAAGCUCAGCUAGCCAGGGAUCUAGCUCCUUGUCGAGCACAUCAUCCGGCUCUCUGUCCUCAAUCUUUGGAGAUGGAAAGGCCCACAAUGUUCGUGUAGAAACUCCUGAGUACACCAUUGAGUAUAACAACUAAGAAUUUGCAUAAAUUCCUCCCUAUAAUGACACCAAUAUAAAUUUGUUUUUUGGCUGAUAAUUAUUUUGUAUUUAUGAUGACAAAUAAAUGAAAAUUAACUUUACAA